UUGUUCCCUGAAAAGACUCUUCAGCAUAGUUACCCCUGACGUGUUAUUUUCCGCGCUGGGCGGUUCUUGCGCUUUUCGGGAAGCGGCAGAUCGGGCAACCUGAGCAGUCAGAGCGAACCUGCGAGCGCCUAACAGAAGCCCUGCUCACUUUGAUGUUUUUGGAUCUGAGCGAUUUAGGAUCCGGACAUGGACUCUAGCGCGUACGGCGCCUCGCUGGCCGGGGGCGCUUUCGAUUUUCUUGGUUUUUUGAAACAGCCCCAAACUAUAGUGCGGAUUUUGAGUUGGGUGUUCGCCAUCAUCGUUUUCGCCACCAUUGUGGCCGAGGGUUAUGCCACCACGGGCAGUGCGACCCCGGAUGCCAAGUGCAUGUUUAACCAGAACGACGGAGCCUGCAGCUACGCUGUGACUAUUGGUGUGAUCGCCUUCCUGGCGUGCGUCAUUUUCCUGGUCCUGGAUGCCUACUUUCCUCAGAUCAGCAAUGCCAAAGAGAGGAAGUACAUCGUCAGUGCAGACCUGAUAUUCUCAGGAGCGUGGACAUUCCUGUGGUUUGUAUGCUUCUGCUACCUGGCCAAUCAGUGGGCUAAAACCAACGUGACGAACGGUGUCAUCGCCGACGCGGCCCGUGGCGCCGUUGCCUUCUCCUUCUUCUCCACCGUCAGCUGGGGCCUUCUGGUUUUCUUCGCGGUGGGAAGGUACCGCCAAGGGGUGACGGAGUUUGGGCAGACUUAUGCCGACCCGGCCCACGACACUCCGUACCCGCCCUAUGCCACUGGAGCUCCUCAGGGUUACCAGCAGUCUCCCUUCACCAGCGGCACGCAGCAGCAGCAGGGUGAAGGAUCCUACCUGCCCCCCUCCUACUAAUGGAAUUGGGGUGGGGGUCGGGGAGGUGACACCAGGUGUAAGCCGCCCAAUGACGAAACGCCGCCAGUGCAAUGAAGCUCCGCCCUGUGUCUGGCUUAGCCAAUUAAAUGAGUUCCAUGAAAUAGUGGUAUAGAUGGGGGUGUGCUGGUGGUAUUUAUUUGGCCAAAGAGGAGAUGGGGUGGAAGGGGAGAGGGAGGGGGGGCAGGGAGGGGGUAACAAAACAUCAAAUAAGGUCUCAAUUAUGACACUGUGCUUGCUUUUUUCAGAAUGUACUUUGUACUUUGUUCUGUGCCUGCUUGUGUGGGGUAAACGCCAAAGUUUUCAAGUUUUCAUUUUGGUCCCAAGUAUUUUAAAAUGCAAAUUAGCGAUUUAUGGAUGCGGCCAUAAGCUCAUCAGCCAGGGAUCUUUGGAGCUAAAUGCCGAUUUCAGGGUCUGGUGGUGAGAGACCUGUUCCAACAGCACAUGAGCAAUAAUCCAAAACAUUAGACGAUUCUCAAACCUUGUGUCGCACAUCUUAACGAUGGCGGUGGGUUGUGUAAUU